CAUUAAAAUCAUAAGUACCAUCAGGAUUAGCAAAAGAAAUAUAGGACAUGCUAUGCAAUCUUUGACAAACCAAAGGACUAGAAUAUAACAUAAAAUUCUCAUAUUUCAAAGAGAUUUUGUUUCUGUAACCGAAUCCGGUUGGUAAGCAAGCAUGGUUGAAGAAGCAAAAGCAAUGCAGGCAUAUUUCUUACACGCAUCGCUUUUAAGUUUUAUCCCUCUCAAAAGCCCCUCCACUACACACACACACACACUAGAACAGACCCAAAUGGGUUGUUGUUUGACCACCCCCGCAACCACCAAUAAAACAGCCCACCGCCGUUUGGAUGAUUCCAAAAGUAGAAUCGAAGAACCAGCUACGCAUGCUACUCCGUCGCCACCAUUUGAAAAAGAGUCAGUCAAAGAAGUCCUCUCCGAAACUCCCAUCUCAAUAUCAAUACCAAUCAUCCAAACCACCACACAGAUUCUUCAUGAAAAUGACGCCGGCAAGAAAUCAAACCAAGAAAAUCAAGAAAAUGUAACUGAGAUGUCGGAGAUGUGUAGUUACAAUGACUAUGAGAGCUUAUCUGCUGCCACCACGUCCAAGGCGGCGAUGAUAGAUACAGAAAGAGAUGUAGUUGAAAUCGAAGAUGAUAGGGAAGUUACACAGAAAAUCAUUACGUCUCCACCACCCAAAAAGGUUCCCAGGAAACGGCCGGAGAAGUUCACCGGCGAGAUAUCCAAGGAGAAGGACGGAGGUAUCAGGCCACCACCUAGAAGGUUAGUAGCUCCUCCACCGAAGAAGAGAAAUCGGUUCCCGUCCAAUACAACGCCGACAACCCACCGCCACGGGUAUGUUGGACCAUCGGAUAUUGUCCGACGACGUCUCCGCCUUCCCGGUGAACGAUCAAGGUCGCCCGCGAUUAGGGGACUACGUCCGAAUACGAGAGAGGGAAGCCCUGCACCUGUAAAAAACUCCGGUGAUCAGAUAAUAGUGAAAUCCGAUGAUCUUGAAAGAAAUGUGACGGUGGUGAUGGUCGGUGUUCCAUCGGAGCUAGAGAAAAGUGAGUCGCUAGACCACCCGGUUGUUUCUAUGGAGUGCUUUAUUUUUCUUUAAACAGUAAAAGCAAAUAGGUGGUCAUCGUUUUGUUAUUUUUUUCCCGCUAUACGGUGUCGUUUGGCACAUCAAAAGAAUGGAUAUAGAGGUACGACCACAUUUUUCAUGAACCAUGAUUUUCUUUAAGAAAAUAUGUUAUGAUUUAUUGUAGUAAUUAUUUCUUUUUCUAAUAAAUCAUUGGCUUUCAAGUA